AAGCUCCAGAUGGCCCUGGAACUUGUGAGGAAAGAGAUGGAGGAGGCCUUGACGCAGGAGGCCAACGUGGGGAAGAAGACUGUCAUUUGGAAGGAGAAAGUGGAAACGCAGAGACAACGCUUCAGGCUGGAGUUCGAGAAGUACCGCGGCUUCCUGGCCCUGGAGGAGCAGCUGCAGCUGCGGCGGCUGGAGCAGGAGGAGCGCGCCACGCUGCAGAGACUGCGCGAAGGCCAGCGGCAGCUGGCGCAGCGCGGCCGGGCCCUGCGGGAGCUGGCGCAGGAGCUGGAGGACCGCUGCCGGCUCCCCGCCUUGGAUCUGCUGGAGGGGGCGAGAGGAACCUUGAGCCGAAGUAAGAGUGUCACACAGCUGGAACCGGAGGCCAUCCCCCUGGAGCUGAAGACCAUGUGUCGAAUCCCUGGGAUGAGAGAAAUGUUGAGGAAGUUCCAAGUUGAUGUAAAGCUGGACCCGGCCACAGCGCAUCCUAGCCUCCUCUUGACUGCUGACCUGCGCAGUGUGCAGGACGGAGAACUGUGGAGGGAUGUCCCCAACAACCCCGAGCGAUUUGACACGUGGCCCUGCAUCCUGGGUCUGCAGAACUUCUCAUCAGGAAGGCAUUACUGGGAAGUCAUGGUGGGAGAAAGAGCAGAGUGGGGUUUAGGAGUCUCUCAAGACUCAGUGUCAAGAAAGGGGGAAACUACACCAUCUCCCGAGAACGGAGUGUGGGCCAUGUGGCUGCUGAAAGAGAAUGAGUACAUGGUCCUUGCCUCCCCGUCGGUGCCUCUCCUCCACCUAGAACGGCCUCGUCGCAUUGGGAUUUUCUUGGACUAUGAAGCAGGUGAAAUCUCCUUUUAUGACAUCACAAAUGGGUCUUACAUCUACACAUUCAGCCAACUGUUCAAUGGUGUUCUCCGACCUUACUUUUUCGUCUGUGACACAACUCCUCUUGUCCUGCCACCUAUGACAGAAGCAGAGUCAGGAAAUAGCGCAGCCAGCAGUCACCCUAAUCCUGCUUCUAACAUUAGAGAUGACCAUUCCUAA